AUGACGACUGCAAAUAAACGCCCACGCAGCGAGCCGCAAUGGCUCAAGGCAUGCGUCGAUGUUCUCCAAGCGAUAAAGCUGGCCGCGUCUCAAUCGGCCCCGAAGCUCCUCAACUCAUGGCUCUACGUGCCCUCGGGUAUCAUGGUCAUGCUGGCUGCAUGCUUCGGUGUCAGCGUCUUCUUCGACGCCGUCGGGGUCUCCUUCCCGGCCUCUGUGGCCUGUCUGAUUCUGCUCUUCUUCGGGCUCUUGUUGUCGGAACUGGUGCUAGGGAACCACAAGACGAGAGCAAUUGUCGCUGUCAUUGAUGUGCCGGCGGGGUGGUCUCUCCGUUGGAUCAAUAUCUUUUUCACACCAUCGUUCAUCAUGCUGCCAUUGAGUCCCUCGAUCGGUAUCAAGGAGGUCAUGAAGAUCAUCGCCGUCUUCAUCAUUGGAUUCAUCAUGAUGAUGGCGCUGGCCGCAUACCUCACCCGCGGCCUCCAACUCCUCCUUGGCUCAUCCAAGCGCGCGAUAACAGAACGCGCAGAGGAGAUGGGCAACGAGACAGACGAAAUCCCUCUCGCCGACACGCCCCCUCGAAGCGACUCCGUCCCGGGCUCCCGCACCAUCUCCGCAGCUCCGUCCUCGUUAUCGCUCAACACCCUCGCUCCGCCGCCGCCCUCGCAGAACGCGUCACACACCUUCCUCCCAUCAGCAAACUCCCCCGACCGACCGACCGAGACCGGCGGCGAUCUACCCUCGUCCCCGUCAACCCCGUCUCUUCCACGCCAAGAACCCGUCCCCAUGCCACGCUCACAACUCUGGGCCGCUUGGAUCUGCGGCCACCUAAACUGGGUCAUUUACGCCUUCAUCUUUGCCUUCGUCGGCAUCCCCCUCUACUACGCAACCGGCUACGCCAUGCCCCUCCACCUAAGCCUCAUCCUCCUCGUCUACUUCGCCGCCAUGUCCGUCCCCGCAAACUGGAGACAGUACCUCCACCCCGUCCUCCUCACCUCCCUCCUCUCCGUCCUCGGCAUCUGGGCCCUCGCCGCCGUCAGGGGCACCGGCCUCUUCGAGACCCUCCGAUCCUUCCGCACGGGGGCGAACUACACCUACCUCUGGCUCCACGCCAGCAACGCCAGCGGCCGCCUCCCCGGCGCCGGCGACAUCUUCAGCACCGUCCUCGACGCGAGCAUCGUCUCCCUCGCGCUGCCAAUGUACCAGUACCGCCGCGAGCUGAAGCAGAACUUUGUCGCCAUCGUCCUGCCCAACAUCCUCAUGUCCAUCGGCUGCCUCUUUUCGUACCCCAAGAUCUGCUACGCCAUCGGCAUCAGCGCAGAGCGGUCUCUCGCGUUUGCGUCGCGUAGUUUGACGCUCGCGCUGGCUCUCCCUGCAACGGAGAAUCUCGGGGGCGAUCUGAAUACCGUGGCUGCGGUGGCCAUCAUGAGCGGCAUCGUUGGUGUGCUGGUUGGCCAGCGCAUGCUCGCUUGGCUGAGGGUACCCGAAGAUGACUACAUCACCCGCGGCGUCACGCUGGGCGCCAACUCCUCAGCCAUCGCCACCGCGCUCCUCCUCCGAACGGAUCCCCGUGCCGCUGCGCUAUCGAGCUUGUCAAUGAGUUUAUUCGGCACCAUCACCGUCUUGUUCACAUCCAUUCCGCCCAUUGCAAGCGUCAUCAAGUCACUGGUAACGUGA